CGCAGCAGCAGCGUGAGGACGGAGCAGCCUCCUCCACCCUUCUCUCUGGGAAAACAAGGCUUCCUUUUGAAUUAUUGAAGCCUGAAGGAAACCCUCUUCAUUAUUAAACGUAAUCAAAGCCGAGACUCUGUGGAGAUUUACCCGCGCCCCGUCACCAGGAGAGCGAGUCCACCGCCAAAGAGAAGACGAGAGGAGACGAGAGGAGACAAGAGGGACCGUCUUCAGCACCUCGGACAGCGACCAUGGCUCCCAUGGUGGAGGAGGGGGCUCAGCUCGUCGUAGCGGUGCCAGUCGGCGUCGCUGUGGUGAGCGUCUUCGGCCUCGUCUUCACCGUGUCGGCCUUUGCGUGGAUCUGUUGCCAGCGUAAAAACGGCAAAUCCCAGAAGACCCCUCCCUAUAAGUUUGUGCACAUGCUCAAAGGGGUCGACAUCUACCCGGAGAGCCUGAGCGGCAAGAAGAAGUUUGCCGCCGCGCAAGCCGCCGCCGCGGCGACCACCGACGCCGGUAAAACCGAUGUUAACGGAAACUGCCACACGGCGGCGCCGAUGAGUCCGACCGGCGACGGGAAACCGGCCCAGAGUCCGAGCGGUUCUCGGCAGUCUCUGCAUCUGGAUCUGGAGAAACGGGAUCUGAACGGAAACUUCACCACCAAACCCUUUCAUCACCACAACCAGAAGGUGCGCAGCUCCCCGGACCUGGAGCCGCCCUCUCCCCAUGCGGGGUUCACCCAACCCGGGGUGAUGGACCGCCGGGAUCUCCCCUCGCCAUCCAGCACCCUCUCCAGCCAGGCGCCCACCCCGGCUGUGGACAAGCCCCAGGUAGAGGAGAGGGAGGGCGGACUCGGGACCCUCCACUUCUCCCUGGAGUACCAGCCAGAGAAGAAGGCGUUCAUCGUCCAUAUCAAGGAAGCCCAUGGCCUGACUCCGACCGAUGAGCAGUCGCUGACCUCCGACCCUUACAUCAAGCUGACCCUGCUGCCGGAGAAAAAGCACCGCGUGAAGACUCGAGUGCUGAGGAAGACUCUGGACCCCGCCUUCGACGAGACCUUCAGCUUCUACGGGAUCCCGCUCGCCCGAGUGUCGGAGUUGUCCCUACACUUCAUGGUGCUGAGCUUCGAUAGGUUCUCCCGCGAUGAGGUCAUCGGAGAGACCCUCGUACCCUUGUCCGGAAUCGACCUAUCGGAGGGGCGUGUCCUGAUGAGCCGAGAGAUCAUCAAGAAGAACGUCAAGAAGUCCUCGGGCCGAGGCGAGCUGCUGCUCUCCCUGUGUUACCAGUCCACCACCAACUCUCUGACCGUGGUCGUGCUCAAAGCUCGCCACCUUCCCAAGACUGACAACAAUGGACCGACAGACCCGUACGUCAAGGUGAACAUGUACCAGGGAAAGAAGCGCGUGUGCAAGAAGAAGACCCACGUGAAGAAGUGCUCCCCCAACCCCGUCUUCAACGAGCUCUUCGUCUUCGACCUGCCCUCCUCCAGCGAGGCCCUGAGGGACACCAGCGUGGAGCUGCUGCUGCUGGACUCGGACACGGGCGACUCGCGCUGCCCCAACGCCGUCCUCGGCCGCCUGGUGCUGGGAACGGCGGCGGCGGGCACGCCCGGCGACCACUGGAGGGAGAUCUGCGAGCACCCGCGUCGCCAGAUAGCCAAGUGGCACGGCUUGUCGGAGGAUUAGGACGCCGACCCUCCACGUCUGAUCUGGUCCGACCGCGAGAGGGAUGGCAUGAAGACGGGCGAGGUGGCCAGCACCCAUUGGACUUUCAGUGAGGGCGAUGGGGGGAGGGGGGUCGGGGGGGGGUCAUUUGAAGUGAUGUCA